AUGGGUAUUAAAACUGAAUACAAUCCAGGUCAUAUCAGAUUUACUCAUGUUGGCCCACACUCUGUGCGCUUAGAAUGGGGAGAACCAGGUGUGGACGUGAAUGGACAACAAACAUUCAAAAUCAGUUGGACGUCUGCAAAAUUAAUUUGUUCCUACACAACACAAGCAAAUAAUCAUGAGAUACAUGAUCUCUCACCUGGCACAAAAUAUAAGAUCAAAGUAGUGGCAACUGAGGACAACAAGUGUCUCUAUGCAUCUGUGUGCACAGUAAUCCCUGCACCAGUGAAUUUUGAAUAUGUCUCAGAUGACCCAACAUCUGUCUUAUUAAGUUGGAAGUCGCCUCAGUUAAUGGAUUCCAGUCAUUACAAAUUCCAAGUGAUACUGUAUAAAAAUGAAGAAGAAACACAGUUAGUGGAUGUGGAAUCAAAUGUACAUGCAUUUUUAAUGAGAAAUCUUCUUCCUGCCACUGAGUACAAAGCUACAAUAAAUACAAUUCUGGAUGAUGACAGACACAGUGAACCACCUUUUUAUUCCUCCAUACAAUAUGGUGUUUUAUUAUUCUCUACAGAGCCACUCCCACCUGAAAACCUGCAGAUCAAAAAUGGUGCAACUACAGUUUAUCUGAAAUGGAUUGAUCCCAUUACUGAUGACAACAUAGAGCACAGCUUCAGAGUGGUCUACAGUAAUGAAGCCAAUACAAUAGAAUCGUUUCUUACAAAGGAAAAAGAAGCACAUCUAUUAAGCUUACAACCAGGAACUGAAUAUUCCUUCUCUGUCUAUACUGUAGUUAAAUCAAAUGGCAAUGAACUUGAGAGCAUUCCAGUAAAAAUCACACUACGCACAAAUAUAAAUAUGGAAUCUGUAUUAAUGGAACUGGGACUACAACACCAUCUGAGGGAGAAACUGACUCUAAAUUCUGUGUUGGAAUUGGGAAAAUCACCCAAUGAUGACCAAACUGCACAGAAUUUAAAAUCUUUGCCGUGGCUUUUUCUUAGAAAGCUAAUGAUGGUCAAUUCAUCAGCCAGAAGUAUAAAAUGUGCUUCAAAGAGUAACUCUGAAACAUAUGAACAGGAAAGCAUCAGUAUUUUGGAGGUAUCUACUGAUUUUAAUGAAGAUCAGGAGGGCAUAAAUCCACUAGAUUUGAUCACAGCUCUGUUCCACUGUGCAGAUCCUUUCCUCCAACAAGAGAUGGCUCUAAAAAUGUCAAUGUGUCAGUUCGCUGUUCCUUUGCUGCUGCCAAACUGUGACACAAAGGAGUGCACUCUGAUGCUUUGGGCUUUGAGGGACAUAACAAAACAGUUUAGAUUCCAUGGUUUAGAGGAAAGCAGUAUUGUGCUGUCCGAUUUGCCCCUGAUCUCUUUUGUCAGACUUGGAAAAAAUCCAAAUCUUUCCAAAUCUGAGUUUCUGAACAAACUCCUCAGCCACAAGCAGCAAAAUUAUGACACUUUUGUUCACAGGAAACUAGAGAAUGGUAACAUUCAAAAAAAGAUUUGUAAUGGUCUUAUUGAAAUGAGCUGGUAUCUCCCUAGGGGUGAGAAAAAAAUUGACAUUUUCAAAGAGCCAGUAGCCGUGGCUAAUCUCCGUGGGGAUAUUUCUGAUUUUGAAGUCCAAUUUGCCUUCCUGAGCCAAACAUCCUCUGCAAUUUUUCUGUUCUGUGACGAUUUGGACUCAAAUCAGACAUUUCUGAACUCCCUGCAGCUCAGAUCAAAACUGGUUAUUAUUUGCACCACAAAUGAUCAAAAAUCAAAAGACAAUCUCAAACAAAGAUUGGCACAGAUGAAGCUCAAAACACACUCUGUAAUCCUCAAGGAUGGGAAGAUGAAUGAUGCUGAAUUUGUUGCUAAACUAAAGAAGACAGUUGAUGAAAUAGUUGCAAAUUCUACAAAAAUGAGCAUUGAAAAAAUGUCAAAGAUUGCACCCAAUCUGGGGAUUCAUGUAGAUGAAGACAAUACCAUUUCUCAAAAUGCAAAGGAAAGGGCAUACAGAAUCACAAGACACAUUGAAAAUAUACCUGAAUAUAAAAUGAAGGAACUCCCUUUGCAAGGGAAACCGUGGAAAGAGAUAUCCAAACUGGAGAAGGAAAUGUGUCGGCUCAAAAAGGCAAGAAAACAAAACAUUGAGUACUAUAUGAGUGAACUUAAAUGUCAAAUCCAGAAUCUAAGAAUGGAACAAGGAAACCAUAUGAUGAAUGAUGCAAUAAAUCAAUUCAUUUCUGCCUCAUGCUGCUCUUCAAAUGAGCAACUAUAUUUUCUCAAAUGGAUGAAAAUAACUUUGGACAGUCUAACACGAAAGCACCUGUCCAGGCUUCAGGAACAGUAUAAGGAUGCAUAUCAGAAUCCCACAGAAGAUAAAGAACGUCUCAGAGAACUGGAUAAUCAGAUUGCUAGCAGCUCUUUAGGAGUUCAACACUUCAUGAGAGAGGUAAGUCAGCUCUAUGAGUCUGCACACUUCCAAGGGAACUGGAAAUAUACUGCCCUAAAGAAAAUGCCAGAAAUUUGUGCUCAAUUGAUGCUGCAUGGUUUUCCUCUAGAACUUAUUGAUGGAGAUGCAUCAAAUAUUCCACUGAUGUGGAUUGAAGAUGUGCUUGCGGCACUUAACAAACUGACAACACCUCACAACAGGAUACGAGUUGUGACAGUUUUAGGAGUUCAAAGCAGUGGGAAGUCGACUCUCCUCAACACAAUGUUUGGAGUUCAGUUUGCUGUAAGCAGUGGCAGAUGCACAAGAGGCGCCUUCAUGCUUCUAAUAGGCGUAUCAGAGGAAUUCAGAUCAGAGCUUCAAUGUGACUAUAUCCUUGUAAUCGACACAGAGGGCUUAAAAUCUCCAGAUUUGGAAAAACUUGGUGAUAGUUAUGAGCAUGAUAAUGAACUUGCAACCCUGGUUGUUGGACUGAGCGACAUUACAAUUGUCAACAUUUCCAUGGAAAAUGCUACAGAAAUGAAAGACACUUUGCAAAUUGUUGUUCAUGCCUUUCUCCGCAUGAAGGAGGUGGGAAAAAAGCCCUGUUGUCAUUUUGUGCACCAAAACACUGCAGAGGUUGCUGUGCAUGAAAAGAAAGCACGAGAGAGAAAGAUGUUCUUGCAGAAGCUAGAUGAAAUGACACAAGCAGCUGCUAAAAUGGAGAAAAGGGGCAAAAACAAGAAAUUUACAGACAUUCUAGAGUAUGACAUUGAUAAAAACAACUGGUACAUACCUGGAUUGUGGUUUGGAACUCCUCCUAUGGCACCUGUUAACGCCGGUUACAGUGAAGAGGUGAAUAACUUUAAGGAUGGCAUACUUGACAUUUUGAAGAAAACAAAAGUCCCAGCACAGGAUUUCAAGAAUUUUGCUGAAUGGAUUCAAAGUCUCUGGAAGGCUGUCCAAUUUGAAAACUUCAUCUUCAGUUUUCGCAACAGUCUUGUCGCUGAAGCGUACUCCAAACUUUGUGCUGAGUUUAACACAUGGGAAUGGGCCUUCAAGAAGCACAUGAUUGACUGGUACACAAAGUCUGAGACCAAAAUCUCCAACAUGGGUGUAAUGUCCACGCAGUCAAUGGAUGCACCUAAUAUCGAUCACAUAUUGGUUGACUUAAAAUAUGAAUUUGCUGCUGAGCUUGACAAAGAGGAGAAAAUCAUUUUUGAUCAAAUUCAGCAAUACUUUGAAAGUGAGGAGGAACAUGUACAUCUUGUUGAAAAUCACAAGGAAGACUUUUUAAAUAGUGCACGGGGACUUCGAAGAGAGACUGAGAUACAUUUAAAGAACAAACUGGAAAAUGCUGUUUUAGUAAAGAAGGGAAUUAAAAAGGUGGAACUAAUAAAGCAAAAUCAGAGGGACACCAUGAAAGAAAAAGUGCUCAAUCUGAUCAGUGGCUACAGGAACAGAAGAAAGACUUUCCUCUCUGAAAGUCAACUAAAUGAGGAAUUUCAAAAACUGUGGGAUGGCACUGUGAAACAGUAUUCCUUCACAGCUCCACCAAGGCAAGAUGUGGUAAAGGAAAUAUACAGACUUUUACACAAUAACUUGGAAAUGAAAGGUAGGGCAGUACGAGAGAUGCUGUUAAAUGUCACCAGUCUAGAUCAGUGUGGAAUUGGACCCUUUUUUGCAAAGGAUGAAACAGAGAAUAGAAUUCAAACAUUCACACAUUCACUUCCACCUGAGCAGAGGGAUCGAAGAAACAAUUUAAUACAAAUGGCAUGUGAAAGAAUAACAAAUGAUUGUUGGACAAUCAUUAGUUGUAAGACAAGAGAAAAAUCAGACUACAAUAGUGCUGACACACAAGAACUGUUGUGCUCCAUUGACAAGAAUUUGGAAAGCUGCAAUGAAUCAGAGAUGAACCCUGAAAUUGAAGCAUCUCUCAAGAUCCACAUCUGCGGUAUUGCAGCGAGAGCUUUCCAGAAAAAGCAUGCCGACUACAUACAGAGAACUGAUCCUUUGAAAUCUCUUGAAUGGUUCAAGGACCAAUGGUUAGCUGACUUUAAAGACCUCUACUACCAGCGAGACCAGUGUCAGAACAAGGCGGAGAUGUGUGUCUGGCAAUGUGUCGCUCCUGCCGUGAUGGAAUACAUCCAGAAACGUCUUGGACCUGACAUUGUGGAUCAAAUGCUGACAGGUGAAAGAGGCUUUGCUUUUAGCACACGAACAUUUUUCCAGUUCUCGCUUUUAAAAGAGCUGCUUCAGGAUGACGACUUCAAUAAUAUUUAUGCAUAUGUGGAAAACUAUGAGAAGUAUGUAACUGAGUGGAUUUUAGAGAAAAUCAUUGGACAUUUUUCAGAAGAUGAUGCUUUGCUUAAGUUAGAGAUAAAACAUUUGAACAUAAUCAUCAACAAACUCAAGCAAGCUGUAAAGUCUAUUGAAAGUGCAAAAAGCAUGACAAAAAACAGCUGCAGUUUCAUGACCAAUGUCUUCACAUGUCUUGAUAAAGAGCUGGUCAUACCAAUUGACACCCUUAGUGGAACUCUGGCUUUAAACAACUCGGACCCUGCUGAGUUUGCAGAUUGCCUCAAAUCAUCGAUAGAAAAAAUGCAUAAGACCUUAGCAGAUCAGCUACGUGGUGUAAGGGAUGUGGAGACCAAGUUAACUAGACUCUGAGUGAACAAACCUCAAGAGGAGCUCUUCAGCAGAGUGUUUGGCUGUGGGGAAAUGUGUCCAUUCUGCAGUGCGCCUUGUGAAGCUGGUGGAAAAGAUCAUACUGAACAUUUUGCCUCAGUUCAUCGGCCAGAAGGUAUUGGUAACUACCACUGGAUUCACACAAAGAAAUUAGUCCCUGACAUAUGCUCGUCUCUUGUCGCUAGCGAAAAACAAUUUCAAUGUAAAGACACAGAACAUGAGUGGCAUCCAUACAAGGAAUACAGAGAGAUCUAUCCUGACUGGAGGAUACAGCCUGACACUAGUAUUGAGGCCACUGACUUCUGGAAGUACAUCUUUACUAAGUACAACACGAAAUUUGCUAAGACAUACAAUUUAAAACCAGCUGACAUACCUGCUGAUUGGCAUUGCACCUCUGUACAUCAGGCAAAUGAAUGCUUGGAUGACACAUUCUUGUUGAAUUCACACAAAAAUAAAGAUGAUGAUCCUAUCAGUAAAUAAUGCAAGUAGAGCUGAAAUGGACUGAAAUCAUGUCCUACGUUCACAGGCUCAAUGACCAGCGUUGCACUUCCCAAAAGCAU